AUGAGGGCGUCACUCACUUUGCUCUGGUCAGUACUGCAGCUCUGUGUAUCAGCUGUUCUGUCGAACUCGGUGCUUGCUGUCUCUCACACUAAAGGAAAAAACCAUGCCCCAGAUAAGCCAAAACUCAACUUAGGCUUAGAGGAGAUUGUCCCACCUCUUGAUGCCUGGACCCCUGUGGUGUGGCCAGAAGCCCCCCCAGAGCUGGUAGAAGUUCAGGCUGAUAGCUCUCCGUUCAUGUUUGAAGAACAUGCCAGUUUAAAAUGGGUAAGCUGGAAUGGAUCCCUUCCAAGUGGAGCAGUCGGCAUUUACAACGGGUACACAGAGCGUAUGGACUACGUUUGCAAAUUCAACUGUGAGGCUGGGUUCUACACACCCAGCAGAGGCAAUUAUUGUCAGUAUCCAUAUGGUGAUGCUGAGUAUUCUGCCCCAAAGUUCGAGAUCUUGGUCAAUCAGGACCACUUUGAAUUCCUUGAGUGGAAAGAAGACUCCUAUGGUUCAGUACCACCAAAUUCUGUCAAGACAUGUCCAAGAGCUGGCAUCUAUGUUGGCAAGAAUAAGUAUGGCCUGGGGAAGGUUGUGCCUGAACAUGAAGCUUUUUUCCUGCCAUGGGAGGGUGAUGAAUACUGGUACAAGAAGUACCAUGUCCUGACCAUCAACACAGAUGUCUAUCACCAGCACAUCUCCCAUGUGCAGUACAAUAUCGAUCAGAUCGAGCUUUUCCACUACCCUCCAGAGACCAUCCAGAUGGCCAAGGCCAGCAACUUUGAAUGCCACAGUAUUGAAAAGACGGUCCUGCUGGAGAAAAGUAGCACAGUUGAGAAGACCUGGAACAUUGGCCGGGAAACACAAAAUGGUUCCACUUCCACCAUGGAAGCUAAAAUUCCAAUUCUAAAUCCAGAUAAAGUAGAUUUCUCGGAAAAAGAGCAAACAGUCAGUUUCUCAGAAGGAACUACCAUGGUUGAGUCCAUGACUCACUCCAUGUCUGUCCAGAUCCUGGUUCCACCCAACCACUCCUGCAGAGUGAGGAUGGACGCGCGGAGAAUGACAGCCGACAUUCCGUUCACUGCCCGUCUGAGCCGCACCUACAACAACGGAGACACUCACUGGACCACGGUCACUGGGACGUAUGAUGGCGUGAAGAUUGGAGAGAUUGAUGCUGUAGUUGAGCGUUGCCAGCCCAUUCCUGAUGCUCCACCCUGUUCCCCAGAGAUGGACUAA